AUGGGUGGCGAGCAAAUGGUCCAACUAACAUAUACACACGAAUUUGGCUCGUGGUAUGCCUCGGUGUCCCCAGGAAUGUCGACCCAUACCCCAGCAGUAGCUCCAUCUGCGGUUACGUCGCUGAUUUCUUCACAGCCACAACCUCCUACUCCAAAUACCGCUCUCACACUUGAGAUCCUCCAUAACCUCGAACACCAACAUCAAUGGACAGGGCUACGGAUCCAUGAACCGUUCUCGCUUUCUACCAAACAAUCCAUACCUUUGAUCUCUGGCACUCCUCCUCAAGCCGUUUACAUCCAUCCAGACGAACAGGCUUAUAUAUUAGAACAUCGCAUCCCCAUGCAUGAUGUGCCAAUAGAGCGAGAGUGGGUAAUACCCACAGCACAGGGAGAAAAGUGGACAUUACGCCGGUUAGCUGGUAUACAUGACUCUUUGCCUGAUCGAACAGAGGAUUUACGGCUUGAUUCGUUUGACCUAGAAGAAGCAAGUAAAAAGAUGCAAGAGUACAUAAGGCUGAAAAGGGACAAACCGUGGGGUGGAAAGAGAGCCUUGCUUGCAAUGGUGAAUAGAGGCUUGGGUGGAGAUGGUACCGUGGUCUACUAUGUGACAAUGGAAGGCACACCGAAGCCAAGACAGAAUUGA